AGAGAACUCAGCUAACCACGUCUUCUCACUACAGUCUUUAGAGAAACCAGCUUGAAGUGUUACAAGUGGCAAACCCAAAUCACCAUAGUAUCUUUCAUUACACGGGAAGUAUGAUAACGUAACCUGAAAAGAGCCUGGCUCAAAUUUUCACUCACUCGAUAUGUAAGCCGCCGCAAGUCUAGUUUACUCUACAUUCAAUUAGCGGAGUCGUCCGACCAACCUCAAACGUCAAUGAAGCUGCUUACAGCCAAUUUUUUGGCUUGUGCCGUUAAGGGCUGCAAAGCGGCCGCGUCGUCCUACCCCCUGCAUUUCAAGGAUGCUGAACUCGAGAUGCAGGAGGUCGACUUUCAGCCGGAAUUUAUACAUAAUAUCAUCCCACGAGUUGACUGGGAAGGUCUGCGUGUAAUGGCCAAUGAGCUCGGCUUCCCCAAUAUCCCAGGUUCGAAGCCCGAAGGUGAUAUGCUCAAUGACGAGCAGACACUGAGGGACCUUCAUAAGUUACUCCUAGAGACUCAUGUUGUUGACGGGAAACUAUGCUGUGGUCACUGCGGGCAUGAGUACGUGAUUAAGGAAGGGAUCGCUAAUUUUCUCCUUCCCAGCCAUCUGGUCUGAGCUUGAUUCUCGAUGAUUCAUGCACCGGUGCAAUGGCCAGAAAGUUGUUAAAUACCCUGUCCAUACUGGGCACCUUUGCCUAGUACAGGGCUGGUGGGAAAGAUUGCUCCAGUCUACGCUCCCAAAAUCAUGCAAAAAUCCUUGUCGCAUGCUAUCAGGAAUGGCAUUUGUCAUGGACGUGAUAAGAUGGAUAAAGGUGUUGGCGAGAAGUCGACUAUAAAUAAUCUUACAGCGAACACCGCACUACAACCUCGAUAACAGUUCUUGACCUCCAUUAGACACGCAAUUUGUUCGACGCCAUCAGAUUAAUACUACUUGCUCAAUGUCUAUGUGGUAGAUUUGCAUGCCGCAAUGCGGCAGGGAGCUCAUGACAGUUCUCAUGACGAGACUUAUCCCGAAUUCAGGCCGUGUAGCUUCAAUUUGAAU